AUGUCAAUUUUUACCAUCAAUGGUGUUAAAAUUUUAUUUUAUAUUAAAAGCAAUGUACCUGACAGUAUGGAUAUCAGACGAUUUAUAGAGGUGUAUAAAUUAGAGAAUGCACAUUGGAUUUUGAGUGAUUUGUCAAUAUUACAAACUGUUCAAAAUCAAACUGAAAUGGACAAAUUAAUGUCAUAUAAAAUAGUACUUGAUUCUGUAAAUAAACAUGAGCUUCAAAAUCCAGCUGAUUAUAAAGGACUUUCGAAUGUACGAAUACAAAAACAAGCACAAAAUCAACAACUACCAAGCGUUCAAAAUAAUCAAAGAAAUAAUGAACGACGGCAAAAUCAACAACGAACAAAAACCCAAAGUCGUCAAAAAGAUCAACAACGACAAGAUCAGCCAAAAACUCGAGGGAGUCAAAAACAACAACAAAGGUCACAGGCUCAAGAUCUUGAUGAUCCAGAAUUUUUGGUUGCCGAUGAUAAUCAACAAUCCAAAGCUCAAGGUCAUCACCAAAAGAAUCAACAACGACAAGAUCAGUCAAAAAUUCAAAAACAACAACAAAAGUCACAGGAUCAAGAUCAUCAGCAACCAAAAACUCCAGAUCAUCAAGAUAAUCAACAAUCCGAGGCUCAAUGUCAUCACCAAAAGGAUCAACAACGACAAGAUCAGUCAAAAACUCAAAGAAACCGAAAACAACAACAAAAAUCACGAGUUCAAUAUCAACAACCAAAAGCUCCAGAUCAUCAGAACAAUCAACAUCAACAACCAAAAACUCAAGAUCAUCAUCAAAAGGAUAAACAACGACAGGAAAAAUCAACAACUCAAAAUAAUCUGAGAGAACAACAACCAAAAAAUCAAAGUAAUCAGCAACAAGAGCAAUUACGACAUAUUAAAUUUGGAUCAAAUAAAACUAUUAUCAAAAGUAAUAAUUCAUAUAAUGGAAAACGCACUGCCAACGUCAUCAACAACAAUUUAGAUAGAUCAUCAAUGUCACAAUCCACCAAUAAAAGUGCUAAAAUUUAUGAAAUUCCCGAUCCAAGUUUACUGCCACAACAACAAAGAUCAUUACCAUAUCCUACGAUUGAAACUUUUUAUUCUAAAAAAAGAAAAUACAAGAAAUUAGAAAUUAGCAGCGAUGAGGAGUAUAAUAAUGUUGAAGAAAAGAUUUUAUCCGCUUCAAAUUCAUCAUUGCUCUCAGUAUCACAAGGAUCACCUCCAUUACAUCCUUCGAUGCAACAAAUGUUACCAUUAGCACCUUCAUCACCAUUUACAAUCUCAUCGCCGGAAUCAUCGUCCAGUUGUCUAUCACAGCUGUCCAGUGAAGAUUUUGAUUACAUUAUCAGUCAACAACGAUCUUCAAUAUCAAUUUCUUUUCAAUCUUCUAGCUCUAGGUCACCAUCAAUUAUUAGCAUAGACGAAGCUCAAGUAAAACUUGUUAAAGAUCAUAAUGGCAAUGAUAUCUUGGUAGUAAAUAGUCAAGUAGAAAAGCGACCAUUAUCACAAAAUGAAUCAGAUAUUAAUACCAAAUAUGUUCAAAAGAAGAAGAAGAUAAGUCAAAAAACUGUCGAGUUUUAA